UUGAGUUGGGCGAGCGCGGUUGGCCCGAGCAUCGCGUUCGGCCGUCGAUAUUACUUUGAUUUUAAUGUCAGCGGCUCCUUCGUGAAUCCGUCCGGGGCUGAGAAAGGCCGCGAAUUAUGAAAUGAUGAUUUAUAGGUCAUUGCGACAGUAAUUAUUAAAAGGUGCUGCCGUGUAAUGGUCAGCGAAUUCAUAGAGAAGAGGAUGUCUAUAUGCAUGUGAACCACUCCUUUUCUUGUGCAGUAUUCUCUAACGCCCUUUUGCCUUCCUUGCAGCCUGCGCAGCGUGGAGCGGCCGCCGCCUGAGGACGAGGCCGUCGCGGGCGCCGCCGUCGGCCCCGAAGCCUCCGCCAGCGCCCCCGCCCGCGCCGCCGCCCCCAGCGAGGGCGCUGCCGCCGGCGGGGACGAGGGCGCCGCGGAGGCCAGCGAGGCCGCGACGGAGGCCAGCACCGAAGCGGCUCCGCAGAGAGUGUGGCAGUGCGCGGGGCCGAGGGCGAGGGGGGAGCCAAGGGCCAGGGCGGGGUCAAGGGUCAGGUGGCGGGAGGGAGUGAGCGCAGCGCGGAGAAUGUGACGAGUGUGUCCAACGCCUCGGGGGGCAGCAAGGACGCCAAGGACGACGGAAAGGAGGAGAAGGAGGAGGAGGAGAAGGCGAGUGCGCCGCCGCCCGCGGAGCGCAUGCUCGGGGACGACCCCGAGGGCGCCCUGACCCGCGACAGCAGAACUAGCCCCGACGGCGCAAUGCCCGAGGCAAAGAUCACAGACAAGCCAAGAACUAGUGCGGGCGCGCGCGCGGGCGGCGCGGACAAGGACCCGGAGAGCCUGAGUCUGGCGGACGACAUGAUGAGCCUCAUGAAGGAGGAGGCGCCGGCCGUGGCCGUGGCGGCGCCGGAGGAGACCCGCGUCUCGGCCGCCGCCAGCGCGCCCGCCAGCACGGAGCGGCCCGUGGCCCCGGCGCCGCGCCGCGCCGGCGCCUCGGGCUCCGCGGGCCGCCUCAUCAAGGUGACGGGGCUGCGGGUGGAGCAGCACUCCAAGGGCAUCUCGUACGAGGACUUCGCCGGCUCCGUGCUGGCCGGCGCCGACGCGCACGUGCGCCUCUUCGGCGUGGGCCUCACCAUGGCCACGGAGCUGCAGUUCACGGCCAACGAGGGCGAGUACGGCGACUCCUGCAGCUCGCACACCACGCCCGAGUUCAAGGUGACACAGGUGGGCGACGGGUGGGCGGUGGCCGUGGUCCGGCUGCCGGUCAUGAGCAGCGAGCAGCGGCGUUGGUACCUCUGCGUCAAGGACCACGCCAAUGUGGACUUCUACCACCAGGGGUCCGCCUCGUGGCUCACCAUGACGUCCUAUAAUCUGCUGCUGCCGUUGUGGAUUCAGGUGCUGCUGCUGCUCGUGCUGCUGAUCCUCUCGGGUCUGGUUCUCGGGGCUCAACCUUUCGGGCUCAUGGCAACUCGACAAGACGGAGCUCAAGAUCGUGUCGAACACCGGCUCGCCCUCGGAACGCCGCUACGCCCGCGCCAUCGAGCCCGUCCGCCGCCACGGGAACUUUCUGCUGUGCACGCUCCUGCUGGGGAACGUCCUCGUCAACUCCACGCUCACCAUCCUGCUGGACGAGCUCUCCUCGGGCCUCGUCGCCGUCAUCGGGUCCACGGCCGGCAUCGUCGUCUUCGGGGAGAUCAUUUCGCAGGUGAAGUGCACAGUCAGUUUAGUUUCCUUAUGCGGAUUGUCCUGAAAUAUGUGAGGAAACUGAAAUUGAGGUGUAAUGCAAAGACUGGAGACUUGGGUGUAUUUUCUCUGAAUAAUAGUAGCGAUUUGUUCUUCCCAGUUAAAAAGUCUAUGUCUGUCAGAGUGGUUAUAUACACAAGUCUUCAGGCUAUGUUAAUAAAAAGAUGA